CCCCCCUGUAAGAACAUGAAAAGAUGGCGACAUAUUUAAAACGAACGUCAAAAUUAUUUGAUAUUUCAUUGUUGCGGUCUUCCGCAGAUGUGAAUUUAAGAGAUUUAAUGUGUCCCGUGUGCCGCGGUAUAUUAAUCGAGCCAGUGACACUUCCUUGUACACAUAACCUCUGUUUACGGUGCUUGAAAGGAACCUUUGAACAUAACAGCCUGAGUUGUCCUCUUUGCAGAGUUCGUGUAGGUUCUUGGCUUCGUACAGCUACCAAGUCUGAAACAUUGGUCAAUAACGCACUUUGGGAACUCAUCAGGACUAAAUUUCCCAAAGAGGUUGAAGACAAAUAUAACGGAGACGACGGAGAAAUUGAAUUGGACGCUGGAUUAUCAACCAGGAAUAAAAUACUUAGUGCUGCUGGAGAGAUUCGAAGAGAAUAUGAAGCACAACUUCAAAUGGCUGAAGAAGAAAUGCGACGUCAAAGAAAGAACGAAGAAAUUGCUAGCCAGGCAUUAAUAAGAAAAAUUCAAGUUGAAGAACAGCAGCAACAAUUUGUGCAGAUAGCACGAGAUCAAUUAUUAGCUCAGAAUUUAGCAAAAAAACAAUUAGCAGAGAAACAAAAAGAGGUGACAAUGUACCAAAAUGAAUGCGCAACUUCGUCAAUGUCAAAUUGUUCAGUUGAUAUAUCUAAGAUUGAUACUAAAUCAAUGCCCUUACUUAAUACAGAAAUUUUUAAAUUUGAUGGGCCAAGUUUGGAAACAAGAAAAAUGAAUCUUUCAGAAUUAAAAAAUGGUUCUGAAUUAAGACGUUCUAAUAUUGCUUUGAUAUCCAAAAUUCGUGCAGAAAGAUAUGCGUCGAAUGCAAAACCAAACACAUCAAAUGCAUAUAAAGAUUCUACUGCUAAGUUUUGUUGUCAAAAGUCAAUGCCUGUUUAUAACACAAUUGCAAGAACUUUAAAACAUCAAGUGGUAACUAAAUUUACUCAGCCUGGAACUUCAAAUUAUACUUUGGAACCAGGAUGUUCCACUUCUAAAAUUUAUGGUAUGCAGAGCAAAGAAGAAUUACGUGUACCCAGUGAUGUUUUAAGUAGUAAAAAGAAAAGUUUAGGUGUAGAAGUUUGCAUGACCUCAGGAAAUGGCGAUGAAAGAAUUGGUAGUGCUGAAAGUGCAGGUAGUCAUGAUAGUAUUAAUCAAGAAAUUCAUCACUUUAAACCAAUUAAGGCAAUGCCGCGAACACCUUUCAAAAUGUCCAUAGAUGGAAAACAAAUUGAACCCAAAUUGGUUAGGGUAAUACCUGUUUUGAAGAGAAUAUCUAAUGCUUUACCAAAGGCUCCGUCUCCAACUCAUUUAAAGAGAAUUAUUGGAUGUUCAUGGAGUGCUUUUAAAGGUAAAAUUAGACAAGAUAUGAAAAUAAAGGAGAAUGUGUGUGAAACUAGAGAGAGAAUAGAUGAAGUUCAACAAAAUCCAUCAACUUCUCUUAUCCAACAAGCCAAUGUUACUGUUAAUAAAUCAUCAAAGUCUCAGAUACAUGAUGCUAUACGCAGACUUGAUUUGGUUCCUGAACUAUCAUUUGAUAGUAAUAAGAAUUACGCAAAGAAUAUAAAUAGAACAAUUAAUGGUACUAAAGUAAGCAAAAAAUUAAUCUUAGAUGAGCAUGUAACUUCAGGGAAAGUUCAAAAGACUUGGAGAUCACAAAUAAAGAACGGUAUGAUGGGAAAAAGUAAGAGACAAAAGAAUAUAUGGUCAAAUAGAAAAGAUGUUGAGUUUACAUUAGAUAAAGAAGAAGUGAAUGAUAAUGUAACAAAUUCUGACCCCACAUUUAACAAUGCUAAGGAACGCUUAGAAUGUAAUGAAGAUUUAGAAUGUAAUGAACAGAAAAAAGAUAGUAGGGAUAAUGUAGCUGUAGAAAACAUUGCAGAAAGAAUUAAAAAGAGGAAAGUAAAUAUUAAAAGAAAGAAUUCACAAGUUGAACAAGAUAAAAUACUUGAAGCAGACAGUGGCGAUGAGAGGAAACCUACGAAUAAAAGAGGUAUAAGGAAAAGAGCUUUAUCUAGGAAAGGUAAUAAUCAAACGUCAACAAGUGAACGAUCUGCAGUUACUGUACAGAAAAGGAUAAAGUUAAAUUGUUCGCACAAGCCUACAUUAAGGAACAAAAGUGAAAACAUAAAAAAUGAUGUAGAUAGUCUCAAUACAAGUUGCAAAACAAUUAUUCAUGGAUUAAGAAAGUCAAGUCGAAAUAUAAAAACAGUAGUUAAUAAUUCUUCCAAAAAAUAUGAUCAAGAUGUUUUAAAUAAAGAAAAUCCAAACAGCAAUAAACAUAAUUAUGAUCGAUUGAACUCGUGUCUCGUAUCACAAGGAACUAUAUCAAAUAAUACCAAUAGUGCUACAAUAAUCAAUGAGAAUGUUCUAUCAAACGAAGAAGUAAUUAAAGAACAAGAAAGAAUAGAAAGAUUGGUUCUUCAAGAGAAAGAAGAUUUUGAAUUGGCUCAAAGAUUACAAACUAAGUUUGAUGAAAUGGAACGAAUAGCUGGACGUACACGGCGGUCUAGAAAAGCGAUUGAAAGUGGAGAUAUUUCCUUAGAUUUAUACAAAAUAGAAGUAGGAAGGACUGUGCAUAAAGUAGCUAGUACACAUACUGCCAAACGAUCAACUCUUAAUCAAACUGUAAGCAGUGAAACUAAACAACGUGGUAGGCCUCGGAAGAGUGUGAAAUAAAUAAGAAAAGUUGUUACUGCAUUUCAACUAAGAACCCUCCAAGACGGAUGUUCCUAUAAAAUAUAAAAUACAACUUCAAUUUCUUUUUCUACAAUAUAUAUUCUAAGUAUUUUGAAGAAAAUACUUGCACGAUAUAAUAUGCGUACCUGGAUAUAUUAUGACAACUGUAAAUGAAGGAUCAGAGAACUUAAAUGAAAUUUUAAGAGAAUAAAUAUAGUCAUUGACAUAUAUAUUUCAUUGAAGAUUGACAAACUUGGAUUUGAUCAAAAGUUUGUUUUCAUGAUUUUUAUGGAUUACUAAUUAUUUAAAGAUCUUAUUGUUUAUAAGUAAUUUUAUGUUAAUAUAAAAUUAUUCGCGCAAAAAUCAAAAUGAGAAAUGGCAGUAGGUGUUUCAAUAUUGUAGAAUUUAAAGCAAUACGGAUGCUUGCAUAAAAGAAAAAGCAGAGAUAUUAAGAUUCUUCAAAGAAAGAGAAAAGAUUUCCCUAUUAACUUUCAUUCCUCUUGUAUAUUCAUCUUCGCUACAAAUAUCGAUUUUUUCUCGGCGUUGAAAGUGCCAAAUAUGUGACGAAUAUAAACACAGCUGAUAAUGUUGACGACAUACCGAGAAAAGGACGAUAAUGAUUAUUGGAGUAAAAAGAGAAGGGAGACCUUAAUGAGAUCAUAGAUCUCUGCUGAAAAGAUAUCACAUACCUUUUAAUAAUUUCUUUCAAUAUGAUAUAAUAUUUCUUUACUUUUCUUAAAUAGUUAAUGAUUCAUAUAAAUCUAUUUCAAUGACUUAUAGAAUACACAUCAACCAGUAUUUCAAUAUUAACUGAUUACCUGCCUUUAUAUUUUUUGAAUAUCGAAGAUAUUGUAAUAUUUAUUAACAUCUUAAGGAAACAAAAUGCUUCCAGAAGUUAGAAGUUCAGUUCGUUUGACUGCUAAAUACACAAAUUACCUUUUUAAAUGCAGCAUCAUUACAAGCUCACAUGCCAUUGUACAUACGAAUUUUACUACGUACUAUGUAUAUAUUAAUUGGCAGCAAUUUGAAAAAAAAAAAAAAAAAUAAAAAAAAUGAAAAAAAAAAUGAAAAAAAAAGAAAAAAAAGAAAAAAAAAGAAAAAAAAUAGAAAAAAAAGAAAAAAGGAAAAAAAAAGAAGAAUAUAGGUAUUCAUUUAAAUAACAUUAGAUAGAUAAAUAUGUGUUUAGAUCAUAUUUAUGCUGCAAAUGCCUACUGUCAGCUCUGACGGCCUUAAUUAUGAUACUGCUAUUAUUGUAAAUAUAUUAAGAUUAGGAUUAUAUAUGCUGAAAAAAAGAAAUCAUAAUGAAUAUGAAAGUUACUAAAAAGACGAAAUAUUUUGCUCUAUAUGACAAAUUCUAAAUGUUUCUAAAUGAAAUUAGCUGAACAAUUAUAUUAGCAAAGAUUAAGCGACAGUUCCUUUAAUAGAAUUUCAUUAUUAGUGAUCCUUAUCUUUUUAUAGAUCACUUAUACAGAUAAUAUCAUAUUGUGGGUUAAGAAUUGGCAAUUAGCUUUCAUUUAUUGUGAUAGUUACAGUAUUUUUCACCUUCACAGUUUUGGUUUCUUUAUUUAGUAAGAUUAACAUAAUAGUUCGUGAAGUCUUCAUUAAUAUUAUUGAUGGUAAAGAUCAAUAUUAUUAGUGUCAUAACAUUUUAUGAUACUUUUCUAAUAAUUAGUACUCUUAUAUUUUAGGCUAUAAUAAUACGCAUAAAUAAGUUCGGUUAAAAAUGUAAACACGUUUUAAUUCUAAGUGAAUAUAACCGAAUUUAUUUAUUUUAUGACCCAAUAUGUACAAGGCAAUAUUUUUUUUCUUCUAUGUCAGAGCUUUCUAACUAUUGUAGUAUUGUAUAAAAACAAAUGCUCAUAGUAUUUCAUAUGUAAGUAAAAUUUCUUGAACAUAUAUAUAUCCAUAUAUAUAAUAUAUGGAAAAUUAUCAGAUGGUCCUAUGGCAUAACAAAUAAUCAGCUCUUUCUUGCGUUACACAGCUUUAAUAAAAAAAAAUAAAAAAAAAAAAAAAAAAAAAAAUAUCUUCUAAAUAGUUUAUAAAUGUUCAAAACGUUCACUGUUUUUUUUUUUUUUUUUUUGUUUUUCUAAAACCGUUAGAUAAUUUAUUUUUUUCUUAAAUUUUCAUAUUUUGAGUUACUAUAAUUAUAAAUGAUGAGCGGUUAAUAAUAUCGCAUUCCAAAAUUAUGUCAAUGUUAAUGUGACAUUUGGAAGUAAAAGAUAGUCAUAGAUUAUAUAAAGUUAUUUUAUAUAUAUAUUAAAUGUAAAAGCUAAAAAAAAAAUAAUGACGCGAUACACCAUAGUCAUAAAAUUUUGUUCCAAAUACAUGUAGACGACGCUAAUGCUCAGAGAUUAUUAUUAUUAUUAUUUAAAUAAUUAAUUCAAGGUCGUCGAUAUAUAUAUAUAUAUAUAUAUAUAUAUAUAUAUAUAUAUAUAUAUAAUUUUCUUUUUCCAUACAUACAUAUGUAUGUCACACAUGAUCAGUUUAUUGGCAUGUAUUCAUGCUCCUGUAUGUGUGUGUAUAUACAUAUGUUUAUAUGCAUAUACAUAUAUGUGAAUACAAUCUAAUAAUAAAUCGAAACGAAUCGUGUACAAUAAAAUUUUUGUGAGAUUGUUAAAUAACACUAGAAGAGACAAUUAAAACGAUGUAGGUAGUAGGACUUGUUGAUAAUCGCACUAUAAACUAUAAUAAACAAAUAUAUAUAUAUAUAUAUAUAUAUAUAUAUAUAUAUAUGUAUAUAUAUAUAAUAAAAAUGGUAAACACGUGCAUGGAAUUUAAAAAAAAUUAUAAGAUAUACGAAUGUAUAGAAAAAAAUAUUUAGUUAUAGACAAACGCUAAAAGAUAUUGUCAGUAUGUAACGUGUUAAUAAAAACAAUAUUAUAGGUCGAAACGAGAAAUAAUCAUAAUUUUAAUUAAGAAAGAUUGCAUAAAUGUGUAAGAACACAUGCAUAUUAUGGAUUUUUAGAGAGUCAAUUUUAUAUGCUGAUAUGUAAUGUGUGACAGAGAAUGUAAAAGAAAGAAACCAAGAAAA